GGAACACGAACAUGCGCUUGAAGCAUUUGCGCGCGCAAAAGCUCGAUUGCGUGCUCAAAAGCGUCAGCUGGAAAGCGGCUGAUGUCGAUCGGAUGCUUGCGAUUCAGGUUUGAGUUUGUUUGAAAAGGUGAUUUUAACAAGAUAUUUAGGUACUAGUUUUUUUUUGGAGUAAAUAUUCAUUGUAAAUACUUAGUCUCGAGAUUAUAAUAAGAUUCGAAUUAUACAAAAUCUAUCCCUUAAGAAUUAUUCGACCUUGUCGUUGAAAGUUGAAAAAUAGCUCUAGUGCACUUCGAACCGUCCCUUUGGAACGAGUGUCAAAUGACUGCACCUAGUGCACAAGUUCUACGUCAACUGUCAACCAAACCAUUCAGGGAGGCUGAGGAAGCUGUGAUUCAGAAAAAUCCCUAGUGCCAUGUAUUUGACCAGAAGCAGUUGUGUAAUAUGCGGAGAACACAUAAAUAAAAUCCAGUACAACUUGAAAACAACAUUCGCAGAAAAAUCCAACGUUUUACUUAUUAAACUAGUAGAAAAAUUCUACAAAAACGUAUUAUUUUUGCACUGCAACAUAUGCUCAGCCUGCUACGAAGUGCUGAAUGAAUUGGAUGCCAUACAGCAUAGACAAAAGGAAUUGUUCACCAAAUUGAAAGAAAACAUAUCAAGAAUCGAGAAAACUAACUUGGAUACCAAUUUAUCGAGCGACAAUGAAGAUUAUUUUGAUUAUACUGACAUGGCUAACUGUAGCUCACCUAAGUCGCCUAGUCCUAGUAAAAGUACCAUAAUUGAGGGGCAAUUAAAAAAGGAUUAUUCCUCUGAAGAAGAAGAAAUUAAAGUUGAUUCUAUAGAUUUGAAAAAGUUGCCUAUAACAAUCAAAAGAGUUAAGCCAAUUAUUGAAACCAGUAUGAUUGAUGUAGAACCGAGCAGAGAAAUAAUAUCUAGAGUAACCAAAAAACAAGUAGCUGAAAAUGAUAAAUUAUUUGAAAAGAUUCAAUCUUCCAUUAAAAAAGAACUAUCCAACCACGUUGAACAAGCCAACAAAGAAAAACCAAAAGACUUUUUGUGCGAAAUUUGCGGCAUGUCUUUCAGAAUGCAAGUCGGCUACUUGAAACACAUAAAAAAACAUGACGACGCCGAUGACGAAAUCAAAUUGUUGGCUCUGAAUAAACAAAGCGACGAGUGCCUUUGCAAUGUGUGCGGUAAGAGUUUUCAACAAAAAGCGGCUUUGAAGAGACACUUACACUUACAUACAGGUGUACCUCGAUUCCAAUGCGAGCAUUGCGGAAAAGAUUUUAUCCACCAGAGCUCGUUUAGAAUGCACCUGAAAAUCCACGCGAACGUGAGAGACGCCGUCUGUGAAAUUUGCAAGCACGCAUUCCUAACACAAUCCCAUUUGAAAAGGCAUUUGAGAACGGCCCACCAGCCAUCAGCCAAAGAUUAUGCCUGCAACUUGUGCUCAAAAAAGUUUGCCGAACAACAUAAUUUGAAUACUCAUUUAAAAAAAUUUCACCAAUCAAAGAAUCAAAAUGUCACCUUGGAAAAUGAUCUUGAUCCUGUGGAAAAUGAUCCCGAUCCUGUGGAAAAUUAUCCCAAUACUUCGGAAAAUCAUUCUGAUACUUUAGGAAAUGAUUCCGUACCUUUGGAAAGUGAUUCUCUAAGUCCGGACGAGCCUAUGCAAAAUGAGAAUGUUGUUGUAAAUACUGCUAAUGAUGCUGUGGUGAAUACAAACGAGGGAUUAGUGGAUGGUGGGAAUUUGACUAUUUAUAAUAUGCAGAAUGCUUUGGGAAAUGAUGAAGGGCUUUUGAGGAUUCAUGAGCCUACAACAGGUGUGAUUUAUACGAUUAAGUGUAGUAAUUUCUAUUAGAAGAAUAAGAUAUAUUAUGUAUAUUCAGUAAGUUAAAAAUAAAACCUUUAAAUUUUUUUUCCA